GCGUACUGAAACAAAGUUCCACUUAUGGUUAGAGACCUCGGAAGUUGGUAUUAAAAUUCCUCUAUCUCCAGCCGUCAACAGAAUCGCUUGCCUCAAAUAUAAUUAUUGUGGUGUGAGUUAAUUACGUCACCAAAGGCACCCCAUUCCAGGCGUUUUGGAUUGGAACUAUUCGGUUGCUUAGUGCUAGGAAAAUCAACACAGAAAGACGGCGUGUUUUGUGACCCCCAAUAUUAUGAAUUCGAUUCUAAUUACUGGCUGCAACCGAGGCCUCGGUCUUGGCUUGACCAAGAGCUUUCUGAACUUAUCGUCGCCGCCACGGCACAUCAUUGCAACGUGCCGCAAUAUCCAGCAAGCUGAGGAGCUCAACUCGCUGGCAAAGCAGCACAGCAACUUACACAUCCUACAAAUCGAUCUGAAAGAUGUCGAGAAAUAUGAACAACUCGCGAAAGAAGUGGAAUCCAUCGUGCAAGAUAACGGACUGAACGUGUUGUUUAACAACGCUGGCAUAUCUCCCAAAUCAACGCGCCUCAAUUUCGUCAAAAGUGAAGAUCUGGUUGAUACAUUCGUGACGAACACCGUAGUUCCGAUUAUGCUUACAAAGGCCUUUGUCCCUCUACUGAAGAAGGCAGCAGAGGUGAAUGUGUCGGCACCGAUGGGCGCACAGAAGGCUUGCAUCGUCAAUAUGAGUUCAAUUUUGGGAUCGAUCGCAGCGAAUUCGGACGGAGGGUUGUACGCAUACCGAACUUCCAAGGCGGCGCUGAAUGCAGCCACCAAAUCGAUGAGCCUCGAUUUGAAACCGAACCAGAUUAUGGCAGUGGCUUUGCAUCCCGGAUGGGUGCGAACCGAUAUGGGUGGUUCGAAGGCUCCGCUGUCCGUGGAGCAGAGCUGCAAUAAGAUGGUACAGACGGUUUUGCAGCUGAACGAAACAAACAAUGGCGGGUUCCUGCAGUACGAUGGCAAAGUGUUGCCGUGGUGAACAUCACGUUACUUUUCUUGUAUGAAUUCUAUGUGAAAAUGAAGAAACAGU